UCCUUCAUUCCAUUCCACAAUAACAAUAUUUCCUCUCCUCUCUCUCUCUUUGUUAUUCUCAAUUCAAAUUCUUCAAAAUCUCUCUCUCUCUCUCUAUAUAUAUAUAAUCAUGUACUUGCAAACUGAAACCAUGGCAGCCCAAGUCAUGCCUGAGCAACCUCUUCAUGGAAUUCAUAUUUUAGCAAGAGAAAACAAUACCCCAAUUCCCAGAAGAUUGGAAGGAAAAGUGGCUAUCGUUACUGGAGGAGCGAGAGGAAUAGGAGAAGCAACAGUAAAACUCUUCGCUAAACACGGCGCUAAGGUAGUAAUCGCCGACGUAGAAGACACCGCCGGUAAAAUCCUCGCCGAAACCCUAGGUUCAUCGGUAACAUUUCUCCAUUGUGACGUCAGCUCCGAAGAUGACGUGGAGAAUUUAAUAGAGUCCACCGUGUCACGUUAUGGCCAGCUGGAUAUUCUGUUCAACAAUGCCGGAAUUCUCGGAAGCCAAUCUAAAGGAAGAAAGAGCAUAAUGGAAUUCGACGCAGACGAAUUCGAUUGCGUCAUGCGUGUCAAUGUCAAGGGCGUCGCCCUUGGCAUGAAACACGCCGCCCGAGCCAUGAUCCGGCGGGGUGGCGGCGGAUGUAUUAUAUCCACCGCCAGCGUUGCUGGAGUCAUGGGCGGGCUAGGCCCGCACGCCUAUACCGCCUCGAAGCACGCAAUAGUCGGUUUGACUAAAAACGCGGCCUGCGAGCUGGGGCGGUAUGGGGUUAGGGUUAAUUGUAUUUCGCCUUUCGGUGUGGCGACUCCUAUGCUUGUGAAUGCGUGGCGAUCGGACGGUGGCGACGAUGGCGAUGAUGGUGAUGAUGAAUGUAUGAGAUUUGGAGGUGGGAAUGGGAUGCCAUGUAGUGAGAGAGAAGUUGAGAAAAUGGAGGAUUUUGUUAGAGGACUUGCUAAUUUGAAAGGUCCAACACUAAAAGCAAGGGAUAUUGCUGAGGCAGCUCUUUAUCUUGCUAGUGAUGAAUCUAGAUAUGUUAGUGGGCAUAAUUUAGUUGUAGAUGGUGGAGUAACUACCUCAAGAAAUUGUGUUGGUUUGUAAUUUUUUUUUUAUUUUUUUUGGUUAGUUCUUCAAAAAUUUGUUCUUUGAUUUAUAUAUAUAUGAAAAUUAAGAUAGAAAUAAUUAAUUUAUUAAUUUAUAUUAGCAAAUUAAUGUCCAAGAAUAUGGGUAUUCUUGAUUAUAUAUUAAUUUGGCUUGUAAUGUAUAUAUAGUUUUUUUUUCUUAUAAAUAUUUUAUUUAUCUUC